CACGCGCAGAAGGUGGAGAGGAACUUGGUUGCCUGGAUCCUUCAUUGAUAAACAACCAUGGAAGAAAAAUAUGCAAACUACCUUGUCUCUGUUUCUAAAAAUCUGCUGCUUGAGAAUGGACAAACAGCUGAUCAAGAUGAAUUAAAGAAUGUGGAAAAUAUUGUUAUGGCUCAGCUAAGUGCACAGUAUUUAAAGGAUGUAGGAUGCUUGCAGUAUUGUGGUUCACUUAAAAUAUGCAUCUUGUCUGGCAAUUUCCUUUCAAAUAUUGAUGCACUUGAAUCUUGUACUGGUUUAAUUAAGUUGGAUCUUCAUAGCAAUCAGAUGGAAGACCUUCCAGGCCCUGUGUUUUGGAAGAACAUGAAAAACCUAUGUCUUCUGUAUCUUCAUGAUAAUACAAUUUCAGACCUAGAAAAUGUGCAUUCGUUAUCUUUCUGCCCUAAUCUGAUUGCCCUCACCCUGUUCAGUACUCCACUGAGUUUGAAAAUAGCCUACAGGCACAUUGUCGUUAACAGCAUUAUUUCACUCAAGGCAUUGGACUACUAUGUCAUUUCUGAUGAGGAAAUAGUAGAAUCCUGGAGACUUCCUAAACAAUACAAACCUUUUACCCUUAAUUUUUUUGUUGAUUUUUGCCCUCCUCCUAGAAAGAAAACUACAUUUCAGGAAGAAAUGAAAAUGGUUAGAAAGAUAAUUUUCAAGAUCAAUCACAUUCUGUCUCAUUACUCUCCAAUCCUGAUUAUUCAGAAAUGGAUAAGAGGAUAUUUACUAAGAAAAAGAUUGUGCCUGAUUCCUUUACAUGAGGUUCUGCUACACAAACGUAACAUCAGAACUGGAAAAAAGGAAAUUUGCAUUCAAGUCACACCUACAGUACGUGAUACUAAAAGAUCUAUGCGUCACAUCAUUAAACCAGCACAGCACAGUGAGGUUGAAAAGCUUACAUCUGGGAUCCAAGUUUUAAAUGUGAAAGAUCUUAAAGAGCUUCAUUUGUAUCUGAAAGGAUUAAGACAGCCUGUUCUCUCUGCAGUACUCAAAUCUGAAGAGAGAGAAAAGAUAAAACAAAAGGAAUUGAAAAGGUUACCAAAGACAGAUCUCAUGGACUGGAAAGAAACUAAAACAAAAGAUGAGGAGAUAGCAAGUCAGUUUAGGCUUUCAGUGGGUAAAAUGCCUUUCUAUUACAAGACUGUUGAACUGCCAGAGUAUCAAGAGAGACAGAAGAAUUUUUUUGAUGAUGUCUGUAACUUACAUGUUUUAAAGAAACCUCUUCCAGAAAUUAACCCCAUGCACAAUCCGGGUUGCAUUGAGAGGAGGGCUUUUGUUAAUGCAUAUGGAUCUAUAAGACUUCGCCCAUUGUGUGCUAUUGAUAAAGCUUACCGGGAGAAUAAGAAAUUGGACAUUGUACUUAGGAAAGAGCGGGAUGUUAUGCAAAUGCAGAUUUCUCAAAAUGUAGCAAAAGAAUAUACUGAUCAGUCAACUGAGAAAAGAAUUGCGUAUGUUCAGAAAAUGCAUGAACAAGAGAAGUUUGUAAUUCAUGACUUUUUGAAAGAGCGCCAGGAAGAAAGAGCAAUGUUAAUUAGAAAAAUCAGACAAAAGUAUGUUAAAUUUUUAAAAAGCAAGGAGACAAAGACAAUAGAACGAACAUUUAUUGAGGGCUUCAGUUGUCAGCAUGCAUCUUUGACAAAAGGUUUAUUUAGACUUGAUGGCUGGAGGAGCCGCAAGCAAUCCACAGAUAAAAGAAGUUUUAUUGUUAAAACCAUUGUAGAAGAACAAAAACAGCAAAAAGAGAUGUUUAAACAAAUUGAAGAGCAAAGGAUAACCAUGUUACAAGUUAAAAUGAAUGCUGAAAAAAUGAUUAGAAAAUAUAUGAUUGAUGAAAAGGCUAAGGUGAGAUCCAAGCAAGCCAAGGAAAGAGUUGCAGCUGUAAAGAAGUCCAGAGUGAAAAUCAUGUACAGCUUGCCAGUAGCUGACAGUUCUGGCCAUGCAGUGCCUCUACAAGAGUAUGAUGGUUAA